UUGGCUUCAACGUACAUCCAGUAAUCCGGGUAUAAUUUGCUCAAGGCUAGCUCUUUCUGGAGAGUCGUUUGCAGUUGCACUCGCACACCAAUGGCUCAGUACUACUGGCCCCCGGGCUUUCCAUACAAUUUCAUUCCACCGCCGCCGCCUCCAUCAAAUAUUGAGCCGGAGAGCUCGUCCCACGGAAGGCUUGUCGCCGGCCUCGUCAUCGGCUUCGUGGCCUCCUUGCUCCUAUUCACCGUGUUCUGGAGCCUCUCCAAGGGUCACCGCCGUAGCCGCACCGCUCAGGCUCGCGCCGCGCGCGCGGCGGCUCCUCUGCCGCGUGAGGGCGACGACGAGCGGCAGGUCCGCCUCCGCAGGGCCAGCGCCGCGAGCCCGGCGGCCCGGCUACCGGCUUUCACGUACAGCCCGUCCGUGAAGCACAACGUGGCGGGCGGAGGAGGGGAGGAGGCGCCGUCGACGUGCUCGGUGUGCCUGGGCGCGUUCCAGGUCGGGGAGACGGUGCGGCUGCUGCCGGCGUGCCUGCACCUUCACCACGUGGAGUGCAUCGACCCCUGGCUGGACGCGCACUCGACGUGCCCGCUCUGCCGUUCCGACACCCAACCGGCCGUGGACGUCGCCCCGCGACCACCUGUUUAAUCAGGCCUUUUUCUCGGCAAGAGAUCCAUGUAAAUACGUACGUCGUCAUGGCGAAUUCUGCUGGCACCGUAGAGAUUCGCAAACGUAGCUGCUAGUUGCAGCUCUGCUUCGAUACGCCCCUUUAUUUAUUUUUUUGCUCUGUCCUUCGUUGAU